AUGGAAACUAUAGCAGAACAUCACCAUGUCAUUAUCCUCGGAGCUGGCCUCUCCGGCAUCUGCACAGCCCACGUCCUCCGCGAGCAGCUCCCCGACCACGACUUCACCAUACUCGAGGGUCGAUCCGUUCUGGGGGGAACAUGGAGCUUUUUCAAAUUCCCAGGCUUCCGAUCCGAUUCCUACAUGACCACGUUUGGAUUCAGAUGGCAUCCCUGGCCACACGCGCACAAGAUCGCCUCGGCCUGGGAAAUCGUCGACUACAUCACCGACGCCGCCAAGAGGGAUGGCACAUACGACCGGAUCCGGUUCAACCACCUAGUCACCGAUGCUGAGUGGCGCGACCAAGAUGGCUUCUGGAGGCUGACCGUGGAGAACCAAGGCAGAGUAAUGAUUUUUGCGGCGGAUUUUGUGAUUGCCUGCACGGGGUACUACUCGUAUGAUCAGGCCAUGCCGGCCACGAUCCCAGGCAUAGGCAAUUUCAAAGGAACCGUGGCUCACCCGCAGUGGUGGCCGGAGGAUCUGGACUGUUCCGGCAAACGCGUUGUGCUGGUCGGUUCCGGAGCCACUGCGUUUACCAUUGUCCCCGCCCUGGCCGACAAAGUCGGCCAUCUUACCAUGGUUCAGAGGAGCCCCAACUACGCGGCCGCUGUUCCGCGGACGUCGUGGGUUGAUUCCCUGUUGCGGAUGAUACUGCCCAUCAGUCUUGCCCACAAGAUAUGCUGGUGGAAGGACAUUGUCCUUGAAAUGCUCAUCACACAGCUGGCGCUUCGUUUCCCGAGCAUUGCCCGGUUCAGUCUCCGACGAGACGCCAAAAGCGCUUUGCCAAACGAUUGCCCUGUCGACGUUCAUUUCAAGCCGCGAUAUGAGCCGCUCCGGCAAAGACUAUGUCUCUGCCCGGACGGAGACUUCUUCCAGGCCAUGCACCGGGACAACAUAGAGCUGGUGACUGACACCAUUGACACUGUGACCAGUGAUGCUGUGGUGCUGCAGUCGGGUCGGAGGCUCCAUGCAGACGUCAUCAUCACUGCUACGGGGCUCUACUUUGAGCUCAUGAGCGGCAUAUCGGCCAAGGUCAACGGCGUCCGCAUCGAACCGGGCAAUCACUAUACUUGGCGGGGGUCCAUGCUCGACUCGCUGCCCAACAUGGGUUACGUGCUCGGAUACGUGCUGCAGUCGUGGACGCCUGGCGCAGAAGCUAUUGCGAGGCUUCUAGUGCGUGUCAUCAAACGAAAAGAAGAAAAGAAGGCCGCCAAGGUCAUGCCCGUGUUGCCGAAACGCAAGGACCUGCCCAGGAAACUGGCCGUGGACAUGAAUAGCAACUACUUUGUCAAAGCAGCGGGUCGAAUCCCCAAAGUCACGGGUCAUGAUCCUUGGUAUGGACGCACCCACUGGGUGCGUGAUAUGUGGAGUGUUCUUUUCGGAGACAUUGACAAGGGACUGGUGUUUAGCGGGUUCGAUGAGCAUGCAAAGAUUCUUUGA